AUGGGCACCGAAGAAGAUACAGAGGGAAUCGUACACGCAGCUAUAGAAGCACUGAAGUCUUGCGACUGCGAUCGUGGACGCGUCAAACAUGGAGACACAGUGUGCACACGCCUUUCUCAUAUUUGGGAAACGGUACUUUGUAAAGUGCCUCAGCUGCACACGCCUGUUGGGGAGCCUUUACUCAAACGGUCAGUUUGGCAACAGUGGUGCCAGGCAGUAGCUCGGCUGGCGUCACUGAACCCUUUGAAGCGUGCUCAACCACCUAUGCGUGGCGUCCUUGCGUGCGUGCUUCUCGAGUGCCUGCGUAUCUCGGCACCGAAAAUCCCGUUCGACGACGAGACAUUUCAGGACGUGCUUCAAGUCUGUAUCCAAACACUCGAGGACUUGCGUAUCCCUGUCACUCACCAAAGCGGCCGACCGGUGACGGAAGGCGCUGACGGCCCCGAACCCUGCUCAGCGAGCAGUGGCUCGGUGCCUACGUCCCAAACAGGUGAAGUUGCAGAGGGGCAUCGCUGGAGUCUCCGAGUUCUCGAGCUCGCUGCGAAAACUAAGGUUUUUGUGCUCGCGCAUGCAUGUCAAGUGGGCUCUCUCGUGGAGCUGCUUAUGAGCGCUGCAAGCAACAUUACGCUAAGUUAUCGGUGCAAAAUGCAAAUUGCGGAAAUUAUUAGUUCCACUUUAGUUGAACAAGCGCAAGAGACGGAUCCAUGGACAGGAUCGCUCGAUACGAUCACUCGCGUACUCGAUCCGGUUCUCACAGCCCUGAACGUUCAGCUGCCGUCUGUCUUCCUCGCUGCAACAGAGUCCCAGAUGCUGUCUGAAAAGCCAUCAUCCGUGCAUACCUGGCGGUUCAGUGCGCGCAACAUUGCCGAGCAGAUCGUCCAACGCGCGUCAGAGGUACUUAAGGAUCCGCUGGUGAGGUAUCUGAGAGAACUACCUGCUGAGAAGAGAUACAGUCUGAUCGAAUCGCUCUACUUCACCGCACCGGGUGUUCUCCAAGGUGUCCUGCCGGACCUAUCCGCCGAGUCACGGGCGCGCGACACCCAGACCAGAUUGCGCUGUGUGCAGCUCAUCGCAAAGCUUUUCGCUCGGCACUUUUCCAAUAUCAGCGGAAGCGGUACCCUCUUCAACGAUUCCAAUACAGUCAGCAGAUCCUUGUUCCUUGACUUGCUGGAACGGUUCCAGGACGUCGAAGCAGGGGUGCGGGCUGGUACAGUGUGCGCAGUCCAUGAUCUCCUCAUUCAGCUGCAUCGCCAUGUGGAUCAAGGAGCGCUCUCGGUGAAGGACGGCCCCGCAGAAUCGAAAGUUGUCACCGGAACGGCGAAUCCGCUCGUUGAGCAGAUGCUCAACGAACUGGAUCGCGGCCUGCAGGAUCGCAUGCUUGACCAAGACGAGCAGGUGCGCCUCGCAGCUGUGCGAACGGUACUCUCCAGCGAGCAUCGUGCUGCUCGCUUGGCGCUGCGCAUUGUCGCGCACCUGCCACUGGCGAGUACGACUUGUCUCAGCCGAGCUCGUGACAAGCGCGCUGCUGUGCGGCAUACUGCGAUUCAAGGACUUUCCCGCCUCUAUCGCGCGUUUCUACGAUGGCACCACGAGCAGGUCCAGAACACUGCCUCUGAAACAAUCGAUGAACGGGACUCGAUACCGCCGAAGGUACACGAGUGGAUAUCACAGCUUGUGCGAGAGUUGCUCGCCUCGUAUAUUCAAUUAACGCAGGUCGGGUGCGCAGGCAACGUGCCCACGGAUGAAAUGAUAGGCUCGAUCGUUCAAAUCGAAGCCCUGUUCUACGACCCGCGAAUGAGCAUCGCUGAUGCGCUGUCGUGCUGGCGUGAGGCCCUGCAGGAUCCGCACGCACAGCGGAUCAAUCGCUCCUUUGGGGUGCACGGAUGGACUGCGUUUCCCGCGAAUGAUGCACUGCGCCUCAUGAUGCGUGCACGCGCGCAGUUUCAGCGGGACAUGCGUGCACUCUUGGAUAUGCGUGAUGAGGCGCGGCAGCGUUGCCGCCUCUCGGAGAGAAGCUUCUCAGACACUGCUGCCAGUCUAUUGGAUCGACUAGCUCGUAGUCUGGGCAAGCCGGCCACUGUUUGCAAUGUUGAGGACCAAGUGUGCGGCGUUCGUUUGCUUCUCGAUGUCAUGUUAGGGCGGGAUGAACGUGUAUUCCAAAAUCUGCGUCUUUUGCUCCACGAUCCUGGCAGCGAGUACUCGACAAAUUCGCUGCCCUUGAUUCGUGAUACCGUAGAACGCUUGACCCGCCGAAGCAAAGCGGCAGCUGAGUGGUUCCAGGCGCUCGUCUUGCUUCGGAUGGUGCCUUGUUUGGGGCGCCCAUCGGACGUUCAUAUGCUGGUGGAUAUCGUUUUGGGCCAGCCCGAGGGCGCUAACGCCGCUUCCGUGGAGUGUGCGCUGCUACUCGAGGCGGCAUCGUGUUAUGGUGGCGCGUUCCAUGAGGCUACGCUAACGAGGCUCGUCGCGGCAGUGCCGCAUCAGGCUGCGCUGCGCGUCCUAUCCACACUUGGUCCGUGCUUGAUGAACAUGGGAAUCGAGUGCAGGCACAGUCUAGCACGGUGCCUGGAGACGUAUCUGCUCGGACAGGUCGCGGAAGAGCGCAGCUUCCGCAGUCUACGCUGCAUCAAAUUAGCAGCCAGCGUUCUUGCAACACUCUGGGCAUCAGACGCAUUGACGCCGUCCUGGGAGCGAAUCGUUCCUCAGCUGGAAUCUCGUUCUUUCGAGGCGCUGAAAAGCGGGAACUAUGACGAGUGUGCUUGCGCUCUGACAACCAUGGCAAAGAUCGUCCGCUGUGCACCGAACACGGUACCAGUUCCAACGCAAAUCCAGAUUCUUGACGUUUGUCUUCAGCUGCUGACCGAGAGACCACCCGAUGUGGGCGAGCCUCUCACCGUAGCUAGUAUUAUUGCCGCAUGCAGCAUCCUGAUGAGCGGAUUUACCGCACUGCCUGGAAACGCGUCUGCGCAGCGGUCGAAUGCGCACGGGCAUUCGCUGGAAGCGGACGCACACGACCCAGCGGCUUCGUCGCUCCAGGUGCGCGCAGGAUGGAGCACCGCUCAAGGACAGCAGCUCGCGAGCCCAGAACGCGUGGAUCGUUUCCUUCACGCAGUCCUGUUGCUGGUCCUGCAGCAGGGCGACUGGAAAGCCCUGACCAGGCACUCGAAGUCCGCAGAUGAACUCGUGAGCGCGCCCGUGCCCGUAUCGGACGCUGUCUUGGAUAGCGAACCGUGUGCGCGUUUGCGCUACUACGCGGCCAAGUCCAUCCUGAAGCUCGCCCGAAUACGCACCAUCGACCAGGCAUUGCUGCCAGCGGAGCGGCACAUGGUCUGCCUACUCAUGCAGGAUCCGAUUUUCGAGAUCCGUCACGAUUUUGCGCUCAAGCUCUUCCGCGGACUGGCGUGCGGGCUCCUGCCGUGGCACUGGAUGGCGGGCCUGGUACUUGCAGCCAUCGAUCCGGAGCGAGAGAAUGUCACCAAUGCGCGCUGGUACUUGACGGCGCUGAUUCGCCAACGACGCCAGCUAGUCCGAAGCCUCGAGCAACAGGCACUCGCGACUGCCACCGAGGCGGCCGUUUCCUAUCUCGCCCUGAUGCCAGAGUGUGUGUUGCCCUAUGUGCUGCACCUGCUCGCCCAUCAUCCUGAUUAUCUUAUUGAUGCACAGAACGCAUUCGCAGACAAUCGCAAGUAUCUCAGUUUUAUCCUGGACACACUCCUAGAACAUGAACAACACGUUGGUAUCCUGAUGCAGCUUCUUCGUUUGGUGUCGGCGAGUGAGAUUCCACCCCCUGUGCCGCCGCUGAUCGGUGGCGGAAACGGAGAAACCCAUGGCCGUCAUCGACGUUCUAGUAUGAUUGUCGGCGAACCGAUCGCUCAGGAUCUGAACCUCGCAACCCAGAUCAUGACUGAGCGCGUGCACGAGCUAGCGCUGCUAUGUACCGACAUUCUGAAGCAGAAGCAAGCCCACAAGCGAUGGGAUCUCGCUGAGUUCCCCGGCCCGAUCCGCUUACCUGGACCGUUUUUCACGACCAAAAGAGAUGUGCCAUUCGCUGAGACGAGGCAGCGAUCUGGUGAUUCGCCGCUGCGUUCAGCUGUUGCACUCGCCCCGUAG